AUGGGCACGAGAGGCGCGGCGAGUACUGAGUAUUUUUUGGCGAAAGGAUAUGCUGUUAUUUUUUUCCACAGAGAAGAAUCCUUAAAGCCUUAUUCUCGUAGAUAUCUUCACUUUUUUGAUCAUUUGGAUGUGACAGACGAAGGGAAAGUUGAAAUUGUAAACUUCCCGAAUCUAUCAAGAGAUGUCUCCACUUACAAAAGAAAUGCUUCUCGUCUUCUGUUCAUUCCCUUUGUUGAAUUAGACCAGUAUUUACAUGAUUUGGAAGUUAUUUGUACAUGUCUGCAUAAAUGUGGGCCUAAAGUGUUGAUUUACUUGGCUGCGGCAGUUUCUGAUUUUUAUGUUCUAGAAGAGAGAUUGGUGAGUUGGGAGCUCCCAAAAGAUCACCAAGAAAAUUUUUAUUUUCAGCCAACUCAUAAAAUCCAAUCUAGAGAUGGCGAAUUACAAUUAACAUUAAGUUUGGUACCCAAAUUGUUGGAAAGGCUUGUGGAGAAGAUUGUGCCUAGUGCUUAUAUUGUCUCAUUUAAGCUCGAAACCGACGAAUCCAUUUUACUCAAAAAAGCCAAAGAUGCAAUAGAAAAGUAUGGGCACAAUGCAGUUAUCGGGAACUUGCUCCAAACAAGAAAGAAAUCAGUCGUUUUUGUAUACCCAAACAAUAAACCAACAGAAACAAUAAAUAUAGAACAAAAAGAUUUAGAAAAAGGUGUUGAGGAAAUUGAAGAAAAAAUUGUUGGAAAAUUGGUACAGGAACAUGAAGAAUUUAUUACAAAUUUGAGUAAAGUAAAGAAUGAUGGGAAGGAAGUUUAUUAUUAG